ACAGAUCUCUGUUUGUAUUUGGCUCUGUGUGUGUGUGUGUGUGUGUGUGUGUGUGUGUGUGUGUGUGCGUGCGUGUGUGUAGUAGUUGAAGUGCAGCAGCCCUAGUGUGAGGCCAAGUGUGUUUAGUAGGUGUCGACAGCAACAUGGAGAAAGUUAACAUCCCACCUCCACCCUGCCGCCAUUUAGUGAAACAUCCGUGUGUGUUUGAGUCAUAUCACACACAUACACAUACACACACACGCUGUACAUGACUGUUUGUUCCGCCUCGCGCUCGGCUCCCAGCUGACCCGGUGUGGACUAAAACUCUGGAGGGUGUGUUCUCUGCGUUUACUGAGCACACAGACCUUAACACACACACACACUGUCACACACACGCUACGCAUACGCUACACACACCGCACUGAGGACAACUUUGAACCAAACUCUUCACAGAUGGAACAUGCGGAAGCUGUCAAGUAAGGUAACACACUUUUUCUUGUUUGGGAUUAUGAUUUUUUUCCGCUUUUUAAAAAAUAAUUGAGUCGGUGAGGGGGAAGUUUUAUCUUUGUCCAAAGGAGAAAAAGCAGCGACAGGUGUGCGCUCUCUCGCGCUGUUCAUUAUGAGGAAAGAGUGUUUGCGUUGGCCAAGCUUUCUUCAAGGGGAUCCAUGUGCGUUAUUUUGACCAGAAACUUCGAUAAUAGUUCAAAUUGCAGCUUGAUAUAUGACAUAAUACGUGUUACAGCAACUGUCUGUGUUUUUCCUGCUAGAUUAAACGCAGGAAUAGUUUAAAUAAAUUAAUUAAUAAUCAUCCAACAGCAUAUUUAAUUGUCUAAAAUAAUAUUAUUCUAAUCUAUGUUGUUUCAGGUGUCAGGUUGUGAAGACUGGUCGGCUCUCCUUGCAUGAUAUCCUGUUUGCCAAACUUCAACACGCUUUGACAGCAGAACCUAUUUGCGCAUGCGUGGAUUACUUUAAGGUAACUAUCCUGAGGGCGGUGAGGACCCAGACACGAACACAUGAAUUGAAAGACAUGGAAGAAAAAAAAAGGUUGCACUGUGGUGCAGCAGGUUAGUUGAAGACUUACCGAAGUUUGCUUUGUCUAUUUUGACACCACACUCGUAGGCUCAAACAACGUAAUGACAGCAGAAAGUAUGGUGGCCCUGAUGGUCAGUUGUGGCUAACACGCAUUUCCUGAUGCGAAAAAAAUUAAGCCAAAAAAAAAAAUUUUUUUUUUUUUCUAAAGGAUCAAAACAAUGUUUAAAACUGUGACCUGGAUCAGAUAACACUGAAUAGCCUACAUGAACAGACCUAAAUACUGUAAAUUACUGUAUUAACACAACCCUGGGAUUUUUUUCCCGUUGAACAAAGGUUUCAAUAAAUAGAACUUUUAAAAAAAAUAACUAUGCCAACAUACAGUUACGAAAAAUAUUGAAAAAGACAUUUAACUGAAGUCAAAAACAUUUAAUGAAUUACAUAAAUAUUUCAUGCAAUGCCAACAAAUCUAAAUGCAAAAGUGUAGGGAAAAAAAAAUAGGAAAAAAAAUGACAACACAAAAACACAGAACAAAAUGAAAACAAGUAAAACUGUGAAACUAUCACUAAAUGCUGAAGUUUGAUUGGAAACACAACAGGAUUUCUGAAAACACUAAAAUGCAACAAGCUGCAAAUGUAUAUUAACAGCUGACACUAUGUGUCACAAAACACAACUGAAAUAAUUAACCAAAAACAAUGUUUCAUGGGUUUUUCAUGAAAUGCAAUUAUAUACACAUGAUCUAUUUUUCUACUUUUCUGUUUUAAAAUCAUUCAGCAUUAAGCAAAGUAGCCUAGUGAAAUAUUUUUGCUCAUACAGAGAUAGUUUUGUGUCAUAUAGAAUAUUUUUGUAUUUGAUAAAAUGAUCGGUUGAUGUUUAACAAAUAUUUUUACAUUUUAUGAAGUAUACAAAAGUCUCAAAAUGCUGCUUUGUCAUUGUUUGUCUGUUUUUUAUGGUUUGUGCAGUUUGACCUUCAGGCUCUCCUUAAGAAACAUUGUCAAACCAUUUUAGAUAUUUUUUAAUGUUUGUCACAGAUUAUCUUGGAUAGAAAUACUUAAAAAACAUUGAAGCGCUGCAUGUUCCUCACCUUGGGGCCAUAAAAAGAUAAACUGAAACAUUGACUAAACCUAUCUUCCAGUCAAAUAUUGUUGCCUUUUCAGAUUUUUUGUCAGCUUGUCCCUGAGAAAAUGAAACACUUUUACUUCCUCAGACCUUGUAGAUUAUUCUGGAAAGGACAGAGUAACAUUUUCAGGGAUCAAAGAGCAAAAGAGAGGGAAGCACCAGUUGAGCAGACCAAAAUGUUCCCGCUGCCCUUUUAGAUACGCUCUGCUGUGAAUGAUUAAACACUGAGAAGACACAAAGUGAUUCCCUGCAGAGGGAUAAACACUGUUUACAUUUCAGGGUGUUCUUAUUAAUUAUCUUAUAUAACAGGUUUAAUGUAAAUAGAGAGUCAUAAGAGGAGCCUGUUUGAGGUUGUGGUUGUGCUUCUCUCUCAGGGAUGGAGGAGGAGGAGCUGACUGACUCUUCUCUGGACCUGAGUCACCUGACAGAUGAUGAGCAGUCCAGCAUCCUGCAGGUCAUACAGCGGGACCUGGAGCUGCGUCAGCUUGAUGAAGGAAGAGUAAGGUCAGAGGUGACUGUGUGUCCUCUGUAGUAGGAAGUUUGGCCUUUGAAUUGACGUAAAUAGUGUGUGUUCGACUUCUUGUGUAUAACUUUAUUAAUGUAGGAUGUGAUAGCAAUGCAGGGUCUGAUACAGAUACACACAAAGCGAGGUAGGGCCUUAAAUGCAGCAACGAAGACAUUAUUUCUGGACACAAACAGACAAAAGUUAUAACAUGAUGUACUUAUUAUAGUACUAAUUCACCAAAUAGAAGGCAAAUGAAAACUCUUGAGCUUGACUACACUAAAUGUUAAAACAUUUUUUGCUGCUGCUGGCUGAACCAGUAAAGCAAGGAACAGGGCAAAGACCUAAGUGACCUUGAAAAUGUCUGAAGUUUCAAUCGGCCAACUCACCUAAGAUCAAUUACUCCACUGGGGGGAGGGGGGCUUUUGUGUUUCUAUUUGGGUUGUCUUCAUUAGGAUCUCUGAUUUAUGAUCUGCCAGUGAACCCUGACACCUACCCCCUUCACACUGGUUUGAGGCAAUAAAAGUUACAAUAUUAAAAUCAUUAAUCUUGCAGUGAUGCUCUUGUUUGUUUUUAUGUGUUAAAAAAAAACAUCAAAAUGAAUUUCAUUUUGAUUCAUAAACAUAAAAACCCCCAACAGGAGCUUUAAUUAGUCUUUGCAUUGUGGCUUUAGCAAACAACUAAUAUCAUCAAUCCUUGUCUUUGAGGAAUCAAUCAUCUGUUCAGAGUACAAAAACUGGACAGUGGUCAAAUAAGCUCAUUAUAAGUUCAUAGAGACCAAAGCAGAGCAAAUUUCACAGUUGAAAACUAAAACCUGGAUAUUUUCUGCACUAUUGCAUGACUUAGAGUGUUUAUCUAUUACUGGAGUAGUGUAAAACCCUCCUGGUUAUCUGUGUAUUUAUGUCUUUUUUCUGUCAGUAUAAACUACACAAGUCAUCCUUCAUUUUACCAGAAGUGACAACAGGGAGUGUUUAGUUUGAACCGCAGCCUCAUGUCAGCUGACUUUGCGGUUGUGAUUGUUGUUUGCUGUGUAACUUGUGCCUAUGUUGACGCUGCAGGAUCCUUGAGAAGACAGAGACAGACCCGACGCGUCUGCGCUCUCUGACCGGGGUGUGGUUCAACGAUGAGCGCAGUAAACGCCACCAUAACCGGGUGCCGGUUUGCACCCUGGUCCACGCUACCCUCCGGCAUAGGAAGACAAAGAGCAGAGGUCAAGUUUCAUUUAAUGCAGUCUUGCUAUCAGGAACAUGUGGGGCUGUUUAUUCAGCCAUUUUGGGGAUAUCCCAGUGAUGGCUCUUUGCUUGUUGUCAUGGCAACAGAUGUGUCCUUGACUGAACUGUUCAACGGUGAGAAGGAGGAAACCUCACACAACAACAACAACAAUAACUCUUCUCCUGAAGCCGACAAAAGACUAAAGGACAGAAAAGAAGAGCGAAGUGGAGGGUCAGUGAUGUGGUCAGACUCUGAAAAUGUUUUUUACUCUUUGAAGCUGCUUGUCUCACAUCUGUCCUUUCCUAUUUACAGCAGUCAAGAGAAUCUGAAGACUUUUCCUCAGACUUUACCCAGAACAAAAAGUCCAAUAAGACAGGUCUGUGUAUGCUCAAAUUUCUUUUUAUUCCUACAAUAAAAAAAAAACAUCUUACUCUAAAAUUUUUCUCUUCAAUUUCAGACUCUCCCCUACAGAAAUAGUUCCUCCUCAUCCAAAGGUAUGAAAGCCUCUCAUACACGUCUCUGUACCUCUAUAGCUAUGUGUUAUAUAACUAUUAACUCUUUAUUCUCCUUUUAGAGCAUGAAAGAAUCAAUGGCCACUCAGAGGAACUCGAGGUGAUUAAACCACACAAACACAUACAUUCACAGCUAAUAAUACUGCAUUAUACACUGGUACAUACACACUGUGACUUCUAACCCCCUACUGCUUUAUAUUGUAUCCUAACUUAACUACUUUACUGUACAAUGCACCUGAUUUAAUCUGACACUGGCUGUAUAACAUGCCCUCACUGCACUUCAUAACUUUAAUUAUUCACACCUUGUACAACAGUUAUAUGUACCACUUCUUUUAUUUAUCUUAUUCUAUGUGAUCUUUUAUUUUGUACAGAUGGAGCAAAACAUUUUAUCGGACAUUUUAUCAUCUAUCUUUAAUGAUGUUCAAAUCUUUUAAUUUAUCCACAUCACUAGCUCUGUGACUGAAGACAUAACCUUAUAAAAUGACAGUUUUUCAUGCUUUUAUUUUGAAACUUUUAGUCCCCACAUUUUAAAAUUGUGCCUUUAUUUUGGAGCAUAGUUAACUUCUGGUAGAAUGUAAGUUGCAACACUAACUGAAAAUGGAUAGAAAGUGUAAAUGAUCCAGUUGAUAAGGAACCUGAAGAGGCACAAGCUCUGACGCUGUUUUGGAGCUCUCUCUUUCUGUGUCUCCCUCUCUCCACUCUCUAAACCCAAUGCAGAUGACUAACAUGAAUCUGGUUCUGCUCAAGGUUUCUGCCUGUUAAAGGAAUUUUUCCCUCUCCACUGUAACUUGCUAAAUGCUGCAAAGUGUUUUACUCAUGUGGUUGAAGAUGGGAUGAGAGUGGGGCUCAGUCUGAUCCCAUCUUUUUUUACAUUGGGUCUUUGUAGAUAGAGUCUGGUCUCGAAUUGGUGCUAUUCAGAUUGACAAAAAAAUCAAUUUUUUUUACUUACACUAUUUUCCUGCUAAUUUUCUGCCUAAUUCUGGCACUUAAACCUGAAUGCCUGGAACGUUCUCAUUUUUUUUCUUUUUCAUGCAACAGUGGACUACAGUGAAGAUUGUUAAAAAACCCCUGAUGUGUUAAAAGAUGCUGUAUUAUACAAUGUGUGUGUGUGUGUGUGUGUGUGUGUGUGUGUGUGUGUGUGUGUGUGUGUGUGUGUGUGUGUGUGUGUGCACGUGGAUGUGUGCGCAUGCAGGAAGACUACGACUAUCACAACGGGGAUACUGAGUCUCUGAGCAGCAGCCUGACAGAACCAGCUUCUCUAAAGAACAGCAGCUCCACUGGCAGCCUUCAAUCGGGCUACACGGUACCCUCACACACACACUCACACACACACACACACCUCAAUGCAUAUGUGCAUGCACGUACGUGCACUUUUGAUUAAUUGUUUACCCGGCGACGCAAGAUGACUCAGCUUUAGGACAAUGACGUAGGGACUGAUCUCUGUUCUGUGUGUGUGUGUCUGUGUGUGUUAUAGCUCAGCGGGAGCAUGAUGAGUUUGUUCAGCACAGGGGAUUUCGGAGUGGUGGAGGUGAGGGGCCGUAUCCAGUUCUCAUUGGUGUAUGACAUUCAGAAGGAGGAGCUGCUGGUCAAUGUGAAUCGCUGCGAGGACAUUGCUGCGGCACGCAAGAACCGCUCUGACCCGUGAGUGAGGGUGCAAGCGUGUGUGUGUGCAGUUUGAGCAAAAUUUAAGACAAAAUAACAACCCAAAUGUAUGUAUGUGUGUGUGUGUGUGUGUGUGUGUGUGUGUGUGUGUGUGUGUGUGUUUGUCACAGAUAUGUUAAAGCAUACCUCCUGCCUGACAAGUCGAGUCAAAGUAAGAAGAAAACCUCAGUGAAGAAGAAGACUCUGAGCCCCGUCUAUGAUCAGACGCUCCGAGUGAGACACUUUCAUUUGCAUAUUACAUAAGGCAGCAUUAAACACAAAUCCCCAAAAUCCAGUGCAUAAAUCACUAAUUUUAAACGCAGUGCUGCUGCUGCCAUGAUGUCAGUCUGGAUCCUGAACUUUUCUGUUUCCUCUUUUCAUGUGUUUCCUCUUUGAUUCUGGAUCUUAUUUUGCAGUAUAAAGUGAGGAAAGGGGAGUUACGUAGCCGGACCUUGAAUCUGUCCGUGUGGCACGCUGAGCCUCUUGGGAGGAAUAUGUUUCUGGGGGAGGUCGAGGUGGCUCUGGGUCUCUGGGACUGGACCAGCACUCAGCCACUGUGGCAGGACCUGCAGCCUCGGGUAGGGAAGAGAACACGUGAAAGAUACAAGAUGAUGUGGUGUACUAAAAUAUUCACACACAAAUAUUUACCAGAGAACCACAGGGCCUGUUGUGUACGACUGCUUCGUAUCUGUAGGAGCAGAUUUGGCAGCUUUAUUGCAGACACUGAAAACAGGGAGGGGUGUCUCUGGUGUCUGGGAGAGCUGUGAAGGGAGAGGAAGACAUGCUGUGAAUUUCAACUAAGGUUUUAUGUAACCGUAAUGUCUUCCUGAGUCCAUGCUUCUGCCUCCUUCCCUCUUUCCUUUUCUGUCUGUCUGCUGCAAUCUUUUCCUCCUCUACACCAACCCCCACCUCAGGUUCAUUUGAAUCCAGACUCCAUUAGCAGUCGUGGGACCAUUGUGCUCUCCAUUAAGUUCAUCCCAGAUGGAUAUGAAGGUGGGCAGAACACUCACUUAGCGGGUUUAUGUGAAGUCCUGCAGUAAUCACCUGUGCCUCAUGUGCUGUUUCUCUGUGUAUGUGUGUGUGUGUGUGAUCAGGCGGUGGUCUGCCUUUGACAGGAGAGCUUCACAUCUGGCUGCGGGAGGCUCAAGGUCUGCUGACCAACAAAGGAGGAGCUAUAGACUCCUUUGUCAGAAGGUCUGUCUACUGUGCAACGUAUGCUUGGGUUUUUCCACGAGUUACAUAAUGUGAAAGAGUUUGUCCUUGUGGAGAAUCAUAAGUAGAAAAGGACAGAAAUGAUCUCAAUUCAUAAUUUUGUAGGUGCAUCAUUGUAACUACACCUACUAUCAGCCCGCUCAUAUACUGCACUGGCAGGUGGGGUCACAUGUACAGACCCAAUCACAGUCCUCCUUGAAGGUCUGUUAAAUCCGCCCUUUUAAUCGAUCAUUCAGCUGGUUAUAAAGGUGUAUUUCUUCUGUCGCUUCAAGAGGCACUUUCCUUUUUGGCUGUUGCUAGCUCUCCUCUAAAUCUGGAAUCAUUUGAGUGAUUCCUGAAGAGUUGAGAUGAUGCCAGGCAAAGUCAAAUUAUCCAAAAAUAUAGAGAAAAUGAAAAAUAUCCAAUUUCUUUGCAACUCCUUAUCUUUAAAAAAAAAACAACUUUAUAGCAUCUUUUGGCUCAUUCUUUUGGUUGCUAGAAAAAUUGCUCCACUCAUACAUCCUGCCAUGAAUCUGGUAAAAAUAAUCCAAUAUUCACUAUUGAUAUUAAACUGUCUUAUAUCAUGCUCCCCUCUUAAGCUACAUACUCCCAGAUGCCAGCCGGCAGAGCGGUCAGAAGACGCGGAUGAUCAAACGCUCCAUCAGCCCGACCUACAACCACACCAUGGUGUAUGACGGCUUCCAAACCAGCGACCUGAGGGAGGCCUGUGCCGAGCUGACUGUGUGGCACCGUGACGGGUUAAAAUCUCAGGUCUUAGGAGGGAUCCGUCUGAGCUGUGGGUUAGGUGAGUGUUUUCCUAUGCUGCUGUUAGAGUUUUCAUUAAGAGGACUAACCACUUUUCUGUACCUUCAUUUAGCCCUUAUUAUUGGUACAGAAAAACAACGUCACAGGAUGGUUAUGCAAGAGAUCUCUGACUUUUGCGGCUCUGGUCGAGGAUUUGGAUUCCUGUGGAGCUCACUAACAUACCGUUGAACACAGUAAUGCUACACAGAAUGCAGCUCUUUCUAUUAAUGUUGUUUCACACGCACACAAGUGUCUGUCUUCAGAAUAUGGGACCUGCUGGGAUUCAACCAAAAGAUUAAUUGUGUGGAAGCACGCUAAAGUAUGGACUUAAGAGUUUAUGAUCAGAUGUGUGUGUUUGUUUUGAACACUCCCACAGUGAAGGGAUUUAAAUGGUGUGUGAUCUUAUGCAAAUAUUUACUCCAAACCCUUGUGUCUGAGUGUCGGGCUGUUUUUUUUCUGUACACAAAUAUGAAAAAAAUAGGAGGAUUAAAGCUCCUAUAAGCAGUAUUUGACUUUUUUGGCUCGCUUAAGUCAGCAGGAUGAGAUUUUUGCCACUACUUAAGCAUGAGGGUUAAGUAAAGACUAAUUUGUCCACAGGGGGCGCCAAAUUUAAUGCAAAUCAAAAGUUACUCAUUUGUUGUAAAUACUUUGUGUGGAAAUUGGAUAAACGACUGUUUCUUCAGCUGCUUCAGCUCAGCCAACACUUACCUCCUUGCACCAGUUUCAGGCAUUACAAGCAAUGCUGUUGAAGUCACCAGUCUUGUUGCUGAUGGUCUUCUUUGUUUUUUGAUAUCAUUAAAAGGCAUCAAUAUGAAUUCCAGUUUAUUUCACUGAAAUAAAAAAAAAAACCUCACUGGAGCUUUAAAACAACCUAACCUGGUUGUGCAGUCUCCAUGAAAGAGGACUACACAGCCAGGUUGACCUGCUGAUAAGGGAACACCACACCUAUAUUUACUUUCUUACAAAGCGGCAGCCAGUAAUUGUUCUUCCAUGCUGGCAUGACAUGCAGAGGAUCUAAAAAGCUUACAAAGUUUUCACCUCAACUUUGUUUGAAUCUCACCCCCCCUGUCUGAGCUGAGCUGUUUUUGGAGAUUAAAUGAGUCCCCUGACAUUUUGUGGGCUCAGAGGAAAGCUGUUUAUGUAUUAGGGGUUGUCACAUUAAAGGGGAAUGUUUGACUGGCUGGUUUAUUUUAUGGUCAGCUUUUAGGAUGGAGCUAUAAAAGCAGUGUUAUGCUUCAUCUACAGUGGUGUUUUCAAACUUUGUGCUGACAGUGUUUCAGUCCGAUACUUCACAUUUUGUCCUGUCGGCACUUCAGGCAUUUCAGAUGGUGGUGUCAUCAGAGCGAGGUUGUUUCAGGGUUACCAGAGUAGCAGCUGUGCGGUGCUAAAUAUCUUCUGUUGGGCUCGGUGAAGUUUUACAUGACACCAGUGUGGUAAACAGUUCUCAUUUAUGAUCGUUCAUCUUGGGGAAGCUGUUUGUCUCAGCAUGGAUGUUGUUUUGUUUCAAGUCGGUGUUACUGUGCUUGACGAGGAGGGUGCAGCACUCAGGAUCAAACCACUGACAGAGGAGCAGCUUCUGUGUCGCUGUUGUUUUCCUGAGGGGAGAUGGAGUCAGGGGAGUGGUGGCAAACGACACUCUGAUGAAGUUUAGCUCGUUAUAAACAGAUCCUUAAGUUUUCACACUAAAACUUGGGAUUAUUUUGUUUGAACUGUCAGUGCUGUGAGGUUAGAUUUUAGAUUUUCAGGCGAAUAUUCAGUCAUGAGGAGAAGCGGUCAGGAGUCAUUGUUCUCUGUUAAUGCAUCUCUUUCCACGUUUAAUAUGAAAAUUGUGUAUUUCAGGUCAGAGUUAUGGCGAGGCGGUAAGCUGGAUGGACUCCACGGAGGAGGAGGUCGCCGUGUGGACUUCCAUGAUCACAAACCCAAACCACUGGAUCGAUGCAACACUUCCAAUCAGAACUAACCUCACAUAUCGGUCUGACUGACGCUAACACACAUUGACAAUGUGACUGAAAGAUUUUCCUCAAUACCUUUAACCUCUUUGUCUCAAUGAUACACUGCUUUUGUAUAUAUACAUAUCACACACACUCACACAGGAAGCAGUAGUUGUGCAAUAUUGUGAAUUACUGGCAUGGAAAUGUAGUCCGGGAAAUGUAGUUUUUGAACCAAAUCUGUGAGUGUUUAAAAAGUUCUACUUAUGUGUCUGUGUCUAAUCCACUGUAGUUUAUUAAUUAAAAAACAAACCUAAAUUAACAGACCAC